UGCAAAUUUUCCUUACAAACUUCACUACCCCUCUGACCUUCUCCAACUGAUAUUUUCAUUCCUUUCAAUUAUUUUUUGCUACAUAAUUAAUAAGUAGAAGAAUAACGCACCAUAUGGGAGCAGGAAGGGUGGUGAUAAACGGAGAUAUCAACACAAAACCUACAUUAUUGGAGAAAAUGAAGAAAAGAUUCAAUUUUUGUGUAGAAAAGAUGAAAAGGUUUCCGGGUUUGGCCUGGAAAACAGUGUGGAAAGUGGGGAAAGAAGAUCCAAGGAGGGUUAUUCAUUCGAUCAAAGUUGGGUUGUCAUUGACGCUGGUUUCUUUGUUGUAUCUUCUGGAGCCAUUGUUUGAAGACAUUGGACAAAAUGCCAUCUGGGCUGUCAUGACUGUAGUAGUUGUUCUUGAAUUCACUGCAGGAGCCACCUUGUGCAAAGGUCUAAACAGAGGACUUGGGACGCUGUUAGCUGGAUCACUUGCAUUCUUAAUCGAAUAUAUUGCUACUACCUCUGGCAAAACUUUCAAAGCUAUUUUCAUCGGAUCAGCAGUUUUCUUGAUUGGAAUGGCUGCGACGUACAUGAGAUUUUUCCCAUACAUAAAGAAGAACUACGACUAUGGGGUGGUGAUAUUUCUGUUGACCUUCAAUUUAAUUACAGUUUCGAGCUUUCGAGUUGAUAAUGUGCUGAAAAUAGCCCAUGAAAGAUUCUACACAAUAGCCAUUGGGUGUGGCAUCUGUCUCAUCAUGACCCUUUUGAUUUUCCCAAAUUGGUCUGGAGAAGAACUCCAUAAUUGCACUGCUUCAAAACUCGAUGGACUAGCAAAAUCUAUUGAAGCUUGUGUAAAUGCUUAUUUUAGUGAGGAGACCAAAACAACAAAUGAAGAACUAUUAGAGGAUCCAAUUUAUAAGGGCUACAAGGCUGUUCUGGACUCCAAAUCAACCGACGAGACCUUGGCAAUGUACGCUAGCUGGGAGCCAAGGCAUUCAAGAUAUUGCUACAAGUUUCCAUGGCAGCAGUAUGUUCAAUUGGGAGCUGUUCUUCGCCAUUUUGGUUACACAGUUGUUGCUCUUCAUGGAUGUUUAAAAACAGAAAUUCAGGCUCCGAGGUCUGUUAGAGCUCUUUUCAAAGAUCCAUGUACUCGAGUUGCUAGAGAAGUAACAAAAGCCCUAGUCGAACUAGCAGAUAGCGUGAGAAAUCGCCGACAAUGCUCACCGGAAAUUCUAUCCGACCACCUCCACGAAGCCUUACGAGACCUUGACACAACCUUAAGAUCCCAGCCGAAGCUAUUUCUAGGACAAAAGCCCAAAAACAUGUUAGCUUUAGCGGCCGCAACCGCGCAACAAGAAGGACCGGGUAAGAGAUGCGGAGUUUCCCUAUCAAGUGUCAAGACGGAUUCAUCGGCAUUGUUUGAAUGGAAAUCCAAGAGGGCUUCUGAUCAAUCGAGGGAAAAUGAGAGGAAGGUUUUGAGGCCAACUUUGAGUAAGAUUGCGACAACAAGCCUCGAAUUUUCGGAAGCUCUUCCAUUUGCAGCUUUUGCGUCGUUGCUGGUGGAAAUUGUGGCAAGGCUGGAUUUGGUGAUUGACGAAGUUGAAGAACUGGGGAGGUUAGCUCACUUUAAGGAAUUUGAUCCAGGAGAUGAUGAAGUUAUUAAGGUCACCUGUGAGAACCCUAAAGCUGAAAAUGGUAGGGCACCUUUGGAGAACCAUUUGCCUUCUCAUGGUGGAGUUGAUUGAGUAAUAAAAAUUUUUCAAUUAUUAUUGUUAUUGAAGCUUCCUUUAAGUUCUUUCUGAUUUCUUCGCUUACGAGUAGUAUGCGUCUCUUGUGCUUGAUGUGACUCAAGUAUCAAUUAUAUGAUACUCCAUAUUUGAACUUUACCUUUUUUUUUCCCCGGUACAAAAUAAGACAAAACCUAU